ACCCUAGGCUUAGGCAGGAGGUUCCAGAAUUGAAGGUGAGCCUGACAUAAAGAGGGAGACCAUGUACUAAAAAAACAGAUCAACCACCAAUAACAAACCUCUGUUUUCAAUGCUAAUGUGAUCAUGUGAAUGCUCAGUUUUUCACACUAUCAGUAAUUUGGUUAAAAGUGCAGCUGUCAAGAUCAUGGAAUCUGCAUAUCUCAAAACUGUUCAGUUAAACUAGAAUCUCAGGUGUUCUGGGUUUACCUCAGAUCUCAGAGAGCAAAGCCCUUAGGGAUAAAGUCUGCACCUGUAGCAAUCUCUGCAGGGGCAGCUGUCUGCAGUUUCUGCAUCAUCAACUCUCACAUGCAGGUCAAGCACAGGAAACCCUGCACUGAGGCUGGGGUAUGGAUGUAAAGUGCAAUGUUGAGUUUCACCUCACAGUGGCUUUUCAGGAAAUCACAGCAUGGAAGUCCUGAGUCUUUGGCUAGGUGACUCAAACACCCUCUGCUUUCCAAAUGAUUGUGGGAGGAGCUUAAGUAAAUAAUCCAGAUGCUAGGCUUCCCCCUCAAAGGAAGAUUAAAUAAAACUUGUCAAGGAAGGGGAAUCUUCAUGGCCCAUCAACCUAUGAAACAUAGAAAUUCAUAUCCUGGGUGUUUACACAGGGACUCAUUUCCUGAGAACAAAAUUGGCUUAAAGCCUGGUUGUAUAGCUAGUUCCUUUGGCCCAACUGUGUUCUCAUUCUACAACUUCAACUUUCAAGGAAGAUCAAAGUAAAACCAGGUAACUCGUUACUACUGUGAUAUGGAAGGGAAGAUCCAAAGUGCAACUUCCUCUUGUUGGACUUAAUGACUUCAAGGAAUUCCUGGGUCCUUUCCUGGGUCAUUCAAUCACCUGCAUUGUAAAAUCUUGGGAGAAGGAGCUUAAUCAAAUCUUCUGGAUUUGAGCUUCAAAGCAUAGGGCGUGGCCAACCAAGGCCUGGACUCUGUAGCCCUGCCCACUUCCUACUGAGUUUUCUAUAAGACUCCAGACUCUAGAGCUGGGUACCUUUCUCCCAGGCCACCUUCACCACAGCCUAGGCAGAUCUGAAGCCCUGGCCUCUAGCUCACAUUCUAGAGCUUCUUGGGUCUACCACCUAGCCUCUGUCUGUCUUCAUAUUGGACUACUCUUAAGGACUUAGGCUCUCAGAACUGAAAAACCUAGUUCAGUACCAUAUUCUCCUAACCCUGAAUAAUUGAGGAACCUGAGGAACCCUAGGAGGUCAUCUCAGACCCAUGUAAGGACCCAGGGAGAAACUCCAGGUGAUUAUCAGCCAGGGCAAUGCACUCCUCCGACUACCCCUGUGGAGACAAGCCAGCUUGUGUCAGCUCAGAGACAAGUAUUAUCUAUUAGGAAUCAAACUUUGACGACAUCUGGAUCUUGUAGCACCUCUAGGAGAGCCUUCACCCAGAACUCAAGGCCAUACUUCAGAAAAGACAUGGAUUUCCAAUUUGGAGAGCCAAGUGAGACCACUUCUUUGUACCAGCAAGUUGCAUCUGCUGACCAGAACAAAUCCCCAGCUGACUCACAGCUGAUGGACCUCAACACCCAGGAGACCUCCCUCUCUGAUUCCCAGGCGAGAGCAUUCCCUGACAGCAAGGAGAUAGUCUACAAAGAAGGUAGUGAGGUGACGACCCUGAGGGGGAAUGAGAGUCUUGUGAGCCACAGUGCUGCCUUGUGUGGAAGACAGAGAAUCAGCCCUGGUGAAAAUCAAGAUUCUUCCUCUGGAGGGCAGCUGGAAUCUCUUGAAGGGGGUCAUGUGAGGUCCUUCAGUUGUGAUCAGACUUGCGAUGAGGACCAUCUAAUUCCUUCUGUAUUUGACCAGACCAUCAAGGGGAAGUAUCAAGAGAUACCUGUCAUCGGGGACCAGACCUUUGCCUGCAGUCAGGUGGCAACCAGAAUGGGUGAGCAGUUUCCCAGUGAGGGUCAGAUGACAGCUCCCAUUUAUAGCCUGGCCCCCCAUCCCAGUCGGCUGAUAACCCCCUCUUCUGCUCACUCUCUUUGUGGAGAUAAGAAGAUGAUUCUAAGUCGUGACAUGACCUUAUUUCAGGAUCACUUGGUAGCCAUUAAAGGAUAUCAGGCCUUCUAUAGCCAUCCAAUGAGAGACCCCAUUAGUGCCCAGAUAAACCACUAUGGCCAGCUGGUAUCCUUGCAUGGCCAGAAUGUCCCUACAGUUCAGGGGACAGUACCCAGAGUUAAAGAAGGCCUCCAUCCUCAGGUGAUUUCCUUUAGUGGAGGGGAUUCCUCACUUCAUUCAGGUGUUCCUUUGGCCUCAAGACAACCUCCAGAAAGUGUGUCAGUUUCUGCUUCUGUCCAGGGAGAGCUUCCCCAAGACAAUUCAUACUUCAAGACCAAGAACCAUGAUUCCCAGAAAAAGACUCACAAUGUGAAGCCCUAUUUCUGUGCAUAUGGUUAUUGUGAGCAAUCUUUCUCAAAGCCUUCUCUCCUCAGAAACCAUAUGAGAACACACACUGAGGAGAUGCCCUAUGCCUGUAAUUACCCGAGAUUCAAUUGGGAAUUCACCGAUUUAGAUAUACUAAUCAGACACAGGAGACAGCGCACUGGGGUGGACCCCUACUUGUGCAUGUACUGCAACAGAAGUUUUACUAGAUUGGACAACCUAAAGAAACAUUGGAGAUCGCACUUUUAA